AUGUCCUCUGCGAAGAAGUUGCAGAGCGAGGUGGAUCGUGUGCUGAAGGCGGUGACCGAAGGGCAAGAGGUCUUCGAGGAGAUAUGGCAGAAGGUCCACGAGGCCUCCACGUCAGCUCAGAAGGAGAAGUUUGAGAGUGAGCUCAAGACUCAGAUCAAGAAGCUGCAGAGGCUGAGAGAGCAGCUCAAGACAUGGAUAGCUGGGGACCAGGUGAAGGACAAGCAGCCCCUGAUGGAGGCGCGCAAGAGGAUAGAAACAGACAUGGAGAGGUUCAAGGUCUGCGAGAAGGAGACCAAGACAAAAGCCUACUCCAAGGAUGGCCUCGCUGCCGCUGGAACCAACGACCCCGAGACUCGUGCGAAGAUGGAGGCGCGAGAAUGGCUUGACAGCUGCUUGGACAGCUUGCAGACGCAGAAAGAUGCUCUUGAAGCCGAGAUCGAAGUGAUCCGAUCGAGGCAGAAGAAGGGAAGUAAGGUCACAGCUCGCGAAACCGAGCUCGACGGACAGAGGGAGAGGCACAACUAUCACGUGGAGAGGCUUGAGCUGAUGCUUCGAUUGCUGGACAACGACAACUUGACGUACGAUGACAUCAACUCGAUCCGAGACGAUGUCGACUACUACAUACAGAGCAAUCAAGACCCAGACUUUCAAGAAGAUGAGACCAUCUACGAUGCCCUGAACCUCGACGAGCUCGAUCAAGAGAAAGGUGGAUUGGUGCAGCUGAGCAAGAAGGACAAAGAUGCCGAGAAGGCGCAGAAAGAGAAAGAAGACGCGGAAAGAGAGGAAGCACGGAGAAGAGAAGAGGCGGAACUUGAAAGGAAGAAGAAAUUGGAGGAAGAGAAGCGUCAGAAAGAGGAACAACGAAGACAGCUUGAGAACGAGAGGAGAAGGCAGGAGGAGGAGAAGCGAAGGCAGCAGGCUGAAGUGCAGAGGAGGCAGGAGCUUCAGAGGCAGCAGGAAGCAGCCGCAGCCGCAGCCAAGAAGAGUGCGGCUGCUCCCGCCCCCGCCCCCGCCCCCGCCCCCGCCCCUGCUCCUAAGGCGACUCCCGCUCCUCCGUCCAUUCAUCAGAAGUCGUUCCUGUCACAGCUUAGAAACGAUGAUGCUCCGAUGGAAGGAGGGUCGCAGAGCUCUUCGGACUAUCAGCUGUCACAGCCGGAAAGCCUGUCGCAGGACGGCUACUCCUCCGUCGAAGGGAUGGAAACUCCUGCAGCACCGGACGACCAGAUGGACAAGUUGGGCUUGUUGGAAGCAAGCAUCAAGUUCAUGCCUGACCCUGUUGAGACCGAAAGGCCCAAAACUCUCUUCGACAACCCAGCGGUGUUCGACAAGCUGGACAUGGACACUUUGUUCUUCAUCUUCUAUUUCCAGACCGGAACCCUUCAGCAGUAUCUUGCAGCUCGCGAGCUCAAGAAGCAAGGUUGGAGGUUCCACAAGAAGUACUUGACGUGGUUCCAACGGCAUGAGGAGCCGGUCGAGACAGGGCAUCAGAGUGAGCGGGGAACGUACGUGUACUUCGAUUACGAGACAGGAUGGUGUCAAAGGAUUAAGACCGACUUCACUUUCGACUACUAUUACCUCGAGGACGAGGUCCCAGCACAGUAGCUCUGCUUGUAUAUAAAGAUGCCGAGAGUCCC